ACUAGAUGGAGAAAGGAGAGUUCUGACAAGCACUCGAAAGAAUCUGAAGACUCACUAACAUCCAGAUCAUCAUCUAGGUCAUCAUCAGCAGAAUCCUCAUUAGAAAUAUCAACAACCUCCGACGAAGAACUUGAUAAUGCCAUUGACGUUGUGGUGGAUGAUAUUGAUGAACUGGAAUUCUCCGAGGAUGAACUAACGAUAGAUGAUUUAAAAGAAGCAGAAGAUGCCACAGUUGAUGAACUUGAUGAGAGUGUUGAGGUCACUGAUGGUGACAGCGAUGAUGAUUAUUCCAGUGACGAGGUGAAGAAUGCACAGGGCAUGAGACGAAAACAUAAUCACCACCCAAGACACAGAGGAAGAGGAAUGGCAAAGAUAUUGAAGCAUUACUGCUGCAGAGCAGGAUUUAUCACAGCAAAGAAGAGCAAGAGAACUGUAGUGUGCAAGAACAGAGCCAAAGGUUUUGACAUGAGGUUGCGAAGGUUAACAGGAAUGGCCAAGAGAAUCUGUUUCGUAUCAUUCAAUAAAUGCUGCAGCAAAAUUUCAACACCAAAAAACACAGCAACAACAACAAUUAAACCAGCCACUACCACAACGGCAAUGUACAAGACUACCACAGAGGAAGAAGAUUUAGAGGAAGUUGCCAAUGAAAUCUCUGAAAUAGAGUUCUCCGGAGGUGAGAUCAGUG